AUGUGGUUCAUCCUGCCCGUGGGUUUGAUGGCUACCACCAUUGCGAUUGCUCCUGUCCACUUUGACAGGGAGAAGGUGCUGUGCGUGAAGCCCCAGGAUGAAAAACAAGAAAACAUUAUAAAAGAUUUGGCCAAAACCAACCAGUUUGACUUCUGGUAUCCAGACACCACCCACCACAUAGCUGCUAACGUGACAGUCGACUUCCGAGUUAGUGAAAAGGAAUCCCAAUCCAUCCAGUCUGCCUUGGAGCAAAAUAAAAUGCACUAUGAAAUAUUGAUUCAUGAUCUGCAAAAAGAGAUUGAGAAACAGUUUGAUGUGAAAGAAGAUAUCCUGGGCAAGCACAGCUAUGCAAAAUACAAUAACUGGGACAAGAUUGUUGCUUGGAUGGAUAAAAUGGUGCAGAAUCCUGAAAUGGUCUCUUGUAUUAAGAUUGGAACUACUGUUGAAGAUAACCCACUAUAUGUUCUCAAGAUUGGGACAAAAGAAGAAAGAAGAAAGGCUAUUUUUAUGGAUUGUGGCAUUCAUGCACGAGAAUGGAUCUCCCCAGCAUUCUGCCAGUGGUUUGUCUAGCAGGCAACCAAAACUUAUGGAAAAAACAAAAUUAUGACCAAACUCCUGGACCAAAUGAGUUUUUAUGUUCUUCCUGUGUUCACCAUUGAUGGAUAUAUUUGGUCAUGGACUCAGAACCGCAUGUAGAAAAAUUGUUCUAAGAAUCAAAACUCCAAAUGCAUCGGCACUGACCUCAAUAGGAACUUUAAUGCCUCAUGGAACUCAUUUCCCAACACUAAGGACCCAUGUGAGGAUAUCUAUCGGGGCCAUGUACCAGAGUCGGAGAGAGAGACGAAAGCUGUUACUGACUUCAUUCGAAGCCACUUAAAAUCACUCAAGGCCUAUAUCACCUUUCAUUCCUACUCCCAGAUGCUACUGUUUCCCUACGGAUAUACAACAGAACUGCCACCUAACCACGAGGACCCAGCCAAAGUUGCAAAGAUUGGCACUGAUGUUCUAUCAACUCGAUAUGAAAGCCACUACAUCUAUGGCCCAAUAGCAACAACAAUUUACCCGACAUCAGGUUCUUCUUUAGACUGGGCUUACAACCUGGGCAUCAAACACACAUUUGCCUUUGAGCUCCGAGAUAAAGGCAAAUUUGGUUUUCUCCUUCCAGAAUCUCGGAUAAAGUCAACCUGCAAAGAAACCAUGCUAGCUGUCCAAUUUAUUGCCAAGUACAUCCUCAGGCAUACUUCCUAAAGAACUGCCCUCAGUUUGGAAUAAGCCGGUUAAUCCUUCUUUGUGUCUUUCACCAGAAAGUUAGUCUUCAGCUAUCCCUAGAUGUAGUUUCCACAUCACCUGACUGGGACCCUCUCUUGCUCACUUAAGCCCAAUAGUAUAUCUUUUUGCUUUUAUUUACUGUCAGUUGCACCUUAACAAACAGCAUGAAGUGAAACCUUUUAACUACCUUUCUCUGUUCCAAGUUUGAACCCAGCACAAAGUAUUACUUCAAGUACUUUGACAGGUGAUACACAGAGGAUCACAGAAAAGAAAUGAGAACCCUUAGUUUCUGCAGAAUCAGAUUAUCCAUGUGGCUUGAUCU